UGUCACCGCCCCCCGCCUGUGUUGGCGGGAGAGUCGGAGACUGAGCGGGGGCCUGAGAGCCAGGAUGGAGUCCAAGCGGAAGGCGCCCGUGGUGGGGGCUGGCGGGGGGGACCCGGCCCCGCGGAAGCGGCCCAAGGGGGGCGACUGGGAGGACGAUGGCCCCUCGCUCUUCGAGGAGGAGCUGGCCCUGCUGGACGAGGUGGAGGCCGAGAUGGCGCUGGAGAUGAAGGAGUCGCAGCCGGCCCCCGAUGCGGUGCCCCUGGGGAGCCUGAUCUCCUCCGUGGGGAACCCCAAGUGGCAGAGGCCCCCGCCCCCCAGGAUAAACCCCGCCCAGGACAAGCUCUGCUUCCAGCAGGUGGAGCUGGACUAUUACGUGGGUGUCCCCGUGCCAGGCAUGCCCGGUGCCACCGAGGGCCCGGUGCCUGUUAUCCGAAUGUUUGGCGUCACCGCAGCCGGGAACAGCGUCUGUUGCCACAUCCACGGCUUCGCCCCCUACUUCUACGUGCCCGCCCCGGCCGGCUUCCAGCCCCAGCACCUGAGCGACUUCCAGCGGGAGCUGAACGGGGCCGUGCUGCGGGACCUGCGCUCCAACCGGGAGGGGCUGAGCCGGGCCGUGCUGGCCGUGGAGAUGUGCAGCAAGGAGAGCAUGUACGGGUACCACGGGCAGCGCCGCCUGCCGUUCCUGAAGGUGACACUGGCGCUGCCACGGCUGGUGGCGCCUGCCAAGCGGCUGCUGGAGCAGGGGCUGCGUUGCGAGGGGCUGGGCGUGCUGGGCUACCCGGCCUACGAGGCCAACAUCGACUUCGAGAUCCGGUUCAUGGUGGACCGGGACGUCGUGGGCUGUAACUGGAUCGAGCUGCCCCCCAGCAAAUACCGGCUGCGCCCCGAGCAGCCCACGGGGGAGCCCUCCAAGGAGCCGGCGAAGGCCUCGCUGUGCCAGCUGGAGGCAGACGUGGGCUGGGCAGAUUUCAUCAGCCACUCCCCCGAGGGCGACUGGCAGGGCAUCGCCCCACUGCGGGUGCUGAGUUUCGACAUCGAGUGCGCCGGCCGCAAAGGGAUCUUCCCGGAGCCGGACAAGGACCCGGUGAUCCAGGUGGCCAACAUGGUGCUGCGGCAGGGCGAGCGCGACCCCUUCAUCCGCAACGUCUUCACCCUCCACAGCUGCGCCCCCAUCGUGGGCUCCCAGGUGCUGUGCUACUCCCAGGAGGCCGAGCUGCUCAAGGCCUGGGCCGAGUUUGUGCGGAUCGUGGACCCCGAUAUCGUCACCGGCUACAACAUCCAGAACUUCGACUUGCCUUACCUACUGCAGCGUUCCCAGGCCCUCAAGGUUUCCACCUUCCCCUUCCUGGGCCGCAUCCUCGGGCGCAAAUCCGUCAUCCGGGACUCGUCCUUCCAGUCCAAGCAGAUGGGACGGCGGGAGAACAAGGUCAUCAACACCGAGGGGCGCACCCAGUUUGACCUGCUGCAGGUGCUGCUACGCGAAUACAAGCUGCGCUCGUACACCUUGAACGCCGUCAGCUUCCACUUCCUGCAGGAGCAGAAGGAGGACGUGCAGCACUCCAUCAUUACCGACCUGCAGAACGGGUCGGAGCAGACGCGCCGGCGCCUGGCCGUGUACUGCCUGAAGGACGCCUACCUGCCGCUGCGCCUGCUGGAGAAGCUGAUGUGUGUCAUCAACUACAUGGAGAUGGCGCGGGUCACCGGGGUGCCGCUGGGCUACCUGCUCUCCCGGGGCCAGCAGGUCAAGGUGGUGUCGCAGCUGCUGCGCCAGGCCAUGAAGCAGGACCUGGUGAUGCCUGUGGUGAAGUCGGAAGGGGGCGAGGACUACGCCGGUGCCACGGUCAUCGAGCCUCAGAAGGGGUACUACGACGUGCCCAUCGCCACGCUGGACUUCUCCUCCCUGUACCCCUCCAUCAUGAUGGCUCACAACCUGUGCUACACCACACUGCUGCAGCAGGGGGCACCGGAGCGCUACGGGCUGUCCCCCGAGGAGUUCAUCCGCACCCCCACGGGCGACCUCUUCGUCAAGGCCUCCGUGCGCAAGGGGCUGCUCCCUGAGAUCCUGGAGAACCUGCUGGCCGCCCGCAAGAGGGCCAAGGCAGAGCUGCAGCGAGAGACCGACCCCUUCACACGGCAGGUGCUGGACGGGCGGCAGCUGGCGCUCAAGGUCAGCGCCAACUCGGUCUACGGCUUCACCGGUGCCCAGGUGGGCAAGCUGCCCUGCCUGGAGAUCUCCCAGAGUGUGACGGGUUUUGGGCGCCAGAUGAUUGAGAAAACGAAGCAGCUGGUGGAGUCGAAAUACACCAUAGCCAACGGGUACAGCGCCGACGCCAAGGUGGUGUACGGGGACACAGACUCGGUGAUGUGCCGCCUGGGGGUGCCCUCGGUGGAGGAGGCCAUGCGGAUCGGGCGGGAAGCGGCCACCUGGGUCUCCGGCCACUUCCCGCCCCCCAUCAAGCUGGAGUUUGAGAAGGUGUACUUCCCCUACCUGCUGAUCAACAAGAAGCGCUACGCCGGGCUCUACUUCUCGUCCAGCGCCAGCGCCCACGACAAGAUGGACUGCAAGGGCAUCGAGACGGUGCGGCGCGACAACUGCCCCCUGGUGGCCAACCUCAUCAACACCUGCCUGCAGAAACUGCUCAUCGACAGGGACCCGGCGGGUGCGGUGGCCCACGCCAAGGAGGUGAUCUCGGACCUGCUGUGUAACCGGGUGGACAUCUCCCAGCUGGUGAUCACCAAGGAGCUGACGCGCACGGCCCACGAGUACGCCGGCCACCAGGCCCACGUGGAGCUGGCCGAGAGGAUGCGGCGGCGGGAUCCGGGCAGCGCCCCCAGCCUGGGCGACCGCGUCCCCUAUGUCAUCGUGAGCGCGGCCAAGGGGGUGGCGGCCUACAUGAAAUCGGAGGACCCUAUCUACGUGCUGGAGAACAACAUGCCGAUCGACACCCAGUACUACCUGGAGCAGCAGCUGGCCAAGCCCCUGCUCCGCGUCUUCGAACCCAUCCUGGGCGAGGGCCGGGCCGAGAGCGUCCUGCUGAGAGGGGAGCACACGCGCUGCAAAACCGUCCUCACCUCCCGAGUUGGGGGCCUCAUGGCCUUUGCCACCAAACGCAGCACCUGCCUGGGCUGCCGGGCCGGCCUGCCCCACCACGGCGCGGUGUGUAAGUUCUGUGUGGGGCACCAAUCGGAGCUGUACCAGAAGGAGAUCUCUCAUCUCUCAGCACUGGAGGAGAAGUUCUCUCGUCUCUGGACCCAGUGUCAGCGCUGUCAGGGCAGCCUGCACGAGGACGUCCUGUGCACCAGCCGGGACUGCCCCAUCUUCUACAUGCGCAAGAAGGUGCAGAAAGACCUGGACGACCAGGAGCGGCUGGUGGCCCGAUUCGGGCCCCCCACGUGGUGACCGGGGCCCCCCCGCUGGCAGGGGGGCAGGACACGGGGGGGGGGGGCCAUCGGGAGCUUUGUAAUUUUCUAUUUUCUACCUGGA